AUGGCAGCGCUGAACUCACAACCAGAACAAUACCACAUCAAGCCCACGGCGCACUGCCCAAACAACGUGCUGCCCGUUCUUGUCUAUCGCGACGUGCUGCCUCGACCCCACAACGAGGCGACGACGAGCGAAGCGCUUGAAAAACAUGGCUGGGAGAAGCGCGGCACGUUCGGCACAAUCAUCGUCAAGCAUUUCCACCCGAACACGCACGAAUGCUACGGUGUCUUUCAAGGCAGCUCGGAGCUCGUCUUUGGUGCAGGCGGAGCUGACGAUCCGGCCGCAGGCGUGACGUGUCGAGUCUACCCCGGCGACGUUAUUGUUGUGCCGGCCGGGGUUGCUCAUGCAUCGGUGCCGACUGUCGGGAAGCCGAAAGUCAAGUGGGAUCUCGACGAAGACGAGCUGCAUUACCAGUACAUCGGUGUGUACCCCAGGGACGGCCCGAUUUGGAAGGUUGAGUACGGAAAGGAAGAGGUCUCUCAGAAUGACCCCUUGAUCGAGGAGAUCGCAUUGGUCGACAUUCCUGCCGACGACCCUAUCAGCGGACCAGACGGACCCCUGUGCCAGAUCUGGAGGGCGGCGAGGCAAGGAAAGUGUUCUGAGACGUUCUAG